AUGAAGGUCUUCUGCGGGCGGGCCAAUCCAACCACUGGCUCUGUGGAGUGGCUGGAAGAGGACGAGCACUAUGAUUACCACCAGGAGAUUGCAAGAUCCUCCUAUGCUGAUAUGUUACAUGACAAAGACAGAAAUAUAAAAUAUUAUCAGGGUAUCCGGGCUGCUGUGAGCAGGGUGAAGGACAGAGGACAGAAGGCUUUGGUUCUUGACAUUGGCACUGGCACGGGACUCUUGUCAAUGAUGGCGGUCACAGCAGGGGCUGACUUCUGCUAUGCCAUUGAGGUUUUCAAGCCUAUGGCUGAUGCUGCUGUAAAGAUUGUGGAGAAAAAUGGCUUCAGUGAUAAGAUUAAGAUUAUUAACAAGCAUUCCACUGAGGUGACGAUGGGGCCAGAUGGUGACAUGCCAUGCCGUGCCAAUAUCCUGAUAACGGAGUUGUUUGAUACGGAACUGAUUGGAGAGGGAGCGCUGCCUUCCUAUGAACAUGCACACAGGCAUCUCGUGCAGGAAAACUGUGAGGCAGUGCCUCACAGAGCAACUGUCUAUGCUCAGCUGGUGGAGUCCAGGAGGAUGUGGUCAUGGAAUAAGCUCUUUCCUAUCCCCGUGCAUACCAGCUGUGGAGAGCAGGUCAUCGUCCCCCCCUUGGAACUGGAGAGGUGCCCUGGUGCACCCUCUGUCUAUGACAUUCAGCUGAACCAGGUGUCAUCCGCUGACUUCACUGUCCUCAGUGAUGUGCUGCCUAUGUUCAGUGUGGACUUCAGCAAGCAAGUCAGUAGCUCAGCAGCCUGCCACAGCCGGCAGUUUGAACCUCUGGCAUCUGGUCAAGCUCAGGUGGUUCUCUCUUGGUGGGACAUUGAAAUGGACCCUGAGGGGAAGAUUAAGUGCAGCAUGGCCCCCUUCUGGGCACACUCAGACCCAGAGGAGCUACAGUGGCGGGACCACUGGAUGCAGUGUGUGUACUUCCUGCCACAAGAAGAGCCUGUUGUCCAAGGCUCAAGCAUCUACCUGGUAGCGCACCAUGAUGACUAUUGUGUAUGGUACAGCCUCCAGAGGACCAGCCCUGAAAAGGACAGGAGAGUCUAUCCAGCACGCCCCGUGUGUGACUGCCAAGCUCACCUGCUCUGGAACCGGCCUCGGUUUGGAGAGAUCAACGAUCAGGACAGAACUGAUCAAUACAUCCAGGCUCUGCGGACAGUGCUGAAGCCAGACAGUGUCUGCCUGUGUGUCAGUGACGGCAGUCUGCUCUCCUUGUUGGCCCAUCACCUUGGGGCAGAGCAGGUAUUUACAGUGGAGAGCUCAGCAGCUUCUCAUAGACUGAUGAAAAAAAUUUUCAAGGCUAAUCACUUGGAAGAUAAAAUUAAUAUAAUAGAGAAACGGCCUGAAUUGUUAACAUCUGCAGACUUGGAUGGUAAAAAGAUCUCUCUCCUCCUGGGUGAACCAUUCUUCACUACCAGCCUGCUGCCCUGGCACAACCUGUACUUCUGGUAUGUGCGGACUGCCGUGGACCAGCAUCUGGGGCCUGGUGCUGUGGUGAUGCCCCAGACUGCCUCGCUGCACACUGUGGUCGUGGAGUUCAGGGACCUAUGGCGGAUCCGGAGUCCCUGUGGUGACUGCGAAGGCUUUGACGUACACAUCAUGGAUGACAUGAUUCAGGCCACUGGCUCUGGUUCUGUCUCUGUCUCUGCCCACUGCCACCUCCCCUUCCCUUCUCAGCGUGCCCUGGACUUCAGGGAGAGCAAGGAGGCCGAACCCCACCCGCUGUGGGAGUACCCAUGCCGCUGUCUGUCUGAGCCCCAGCAGAUCCUGACCUUUGAUUUUCGGCAGCCAGUACCCCCACACCUGAUCCAUGCUGAGGGCUCCAUUGAGCUGAGGAGGCCUGGGAGGAGCCAUGGGGCCGUCCUGUGGAUGGAAUACCACCUCACACCGGACAGCACUGUCAGCACUGGCCUCCUGAAGUCUGCAGAGGACAAGGUAGUGCUGUGCACGGGGAUUGUUGCUGGAACCCCCACUGCAAGCAGGCAGUGUACUUCUUCACCACGGCGGACCCCGGAGCGCCGCUGGGCGGCCCUCAGACUGUCAGUUACACCGUGGAUUUCCACCCCCACACUGGAGACAUCACCAUGGAUUUCUCACUCUCAGACACCCUGGACGAUGGGCAGUGACCCUCACCUGUUGAGAAAUAAAGUGGCCUGA